UAUUAAAGUCCAGGUGAUGCAGACGUGAGCCAUCUACCGGCUGGAAUUCCGGUCCUACCCAUCCUUCCAGGGUAUAAAUACCACAGGCUGGGAACUCUUCAGCACAAGCCGGCAGAAGGGAAGCCCUGCAAAGGAUAACACACACAACUGGAGGGAGAACACAGAGGGAACAUUGCUGACAGACAAGCAAUGAUGGACCUGACUUCAGCUCUCUCACUGGAAACCUGGGUGUUCCUGGCAAUCAGUUUGAUGCUCCUAUACCUAUUGGGGACCCAAAAUCAUGACAUUUUUAAGAAACAGGGAAUUCCUGGGCCCAAACCUCUGCCGUUUUUAGGAACUCUGCUGAAUUACUACAAGGGUAUAUGGAAAUUCGAUGUUGAGUCGUAUAAAAAGUAUGGUAAAAUAUGGGGGUUGUUUGAUGGUCCAACACCCAUGUUAAUUAUCACAGACCCAGACAUGAUCAAGAACGUACUUGUAAAGGAAUUCUAUACUGUCUUCACAAACCAACGGGUUAUAGGACCAGUGGGUAUGAUGAGUAAAGCCAUCGCCCUAUCUAGGGAUGAGGAGUGGAAGAGACUUCGAGCCUUGCUGUCUCCCACCUUCACCAGUGGAAAACUCAAAGAGAUGUUCCCCAUCAUUGAAGAGUACGGAGAUAUUUUGGUAAAAUACUUGAGAAGAGAGGCAGAGAAAGGCAAGCCUCUCAACAUGAAAGAAGUGUUUGGGGCCUACAGCAUAGAUGUGAUCACGAGCACAGCAUUUGGUGUGAGCAUCGAUUCCCUCAACAACCCAAACGACCCUUUUGCAGAAAAGACCAAGAAGUUACUAAAAAUAGAUUUUUUUGAGCCGUUAUUCUUGACAAUAAUUCUCUUUCCAUUCCUCAUCCCAAUAUAUGAGAUGUUAAAUGUCUCCAUGUUUCCAAAAGAUUCAAUAGCAUUUUUCAAAAAAUUUGUGAGCAGAAUGACAGAAAAUCGCCUGGAUUCUAAACAGAAGCACCGAGUGGAUUUUCUUCAGCUGAUGAUGAACACUCAAAAUAAUUCCGAAGACAAAGAGUCUCAUAAAGCCCUGACUGACAUGGAGAUCGUAGCCCAGUCAAUUAUCUUUAUUUUUGCUGGCUAUGAAACCACCAGCAACACCCUUGCCUUUGCCCUGCACUCACUGGCCACUCACCCUGAUAUCCAGAAGAAACUGCAAGACGAGAUUGAUGUGGCUCUGCCCAAUAAGGCACCUCCCAACUAUGAUACAGUGAUGGAGAUGGAGUACCUCGACAUGGUGCUGAAUGAAACCCUCAGAUUAUACCCCUUUGGUCUGAGACUUGACAGAUUCUGUAAACAGGAUGUGGAAAUCGAUGGUGUACAUGUUCCCAAAGGGUCUAUAGUGACUAUACCAGUUUAUGCUCUACACCAUGACCCAAAGUACUGGCCAGAGCCUGCAAAAUUCCGCCCUGAAAGGUUCAGCAAGGAGAACAAGGGCAGGAUUAAUCCUUAUGUAUACAUGCCCUUUGGGAAUGGACCCAGGAACUGCAUUGGUAUGAGGUUUGCUCUCAUGAACAUGAAACUUGCUCUCACUAAACUCCUGCAGAAUUUCUCCUUCCAGCCUUGUAAGGAAACACAGAUACCUCUGGAAUUAAGCCGAACACCACUGCUUCAACCAGAAAAACCCAUUGUUCUAAAGGUUGUGCCACGGGAUGCAAUCAUAAUGGGGAAUUAAGGGGUUCUGUUGUGUUCUUCAAGAAGCUGAAACCUAAGAGCUUUGGAAACUUUAGUUGACUUCAUGAAUAAAACCCAGGAGAAGAUAGGGUUUAGUUGAGUGGCCCUGAGGGAUCAUUAUGAGGUUUCAUACAUCCAUUGAGCUCUCUCAGUGUCAAUACUCAGUGUAAAAAAAUGACUAAGUCAAUGACAGAUGAGAAAUUCAUUUCCCAUGGUCAUCAUGGUACCACCUCAAUCCACAUCUGGUUGGCUCCAUCCAUUCUUUUGAGCUCUUUUGAAAGUAACCUUGCCUCUGCAAUUUGAUCAAUAAUACAUUUUUAUGAAAAUGUGAAGCAUUGUGACAUCUCUUAUUAUAAAAUUGAUAACAGAUGUUUUAGUUGUAAUAUUCUACAAUAAACGUUACACUGAAAAUAUAAACAUCUCUUUUAAAAAAUAAAAUCAUUUGUUUGU